CGUGCAGAGCCUCGCUGCCUCGCUCGUCUCCUCCCGGUGGUCGAGGGUGGGUGCCGGAGCGGAUUGUAGGGUGGUGGGGGGAGGGAUUGCCUUGUUUUGGACACACUGGACGCGAGGAAGGAGCCACACAGAACCAGUAGAAGCAGGACGAGGACGGGCCCGCAGCAGCAAGCGGACGCCGCCGUGUUUCUGCUUUGCGGCUUCAACGUCAUGGAACCAGCCUUCGGCGAGGUGAAUCAGCUGGGCGGCGUGUUCGUCAACGGCCGGCCGCUACCAAACGCCAUUCGACUGCGCAUCGUGGAGCUGGCGCAGCUUGGCAUCCGUCCUUGCGACAUCAGCCGCCAGUUGCGCGUCUCGCACGGCUGCGUCAGUAAGAUCCUGGCUCGUUACAACGAGACCGGCUCCAUCCUGCCCGGCGCCAUUGGUGGCAGCAAGCCACGCGUUACCACGCCCACAGUGGUCAAGCACAUACGGACGUACAAGCAGCGUGACCCGGGCAUUUUUGCCUGGGAGAUCCGCGACCGGCUUCUAGCCGACGGCGUGUGCGACAAGUUCAACCUUCCGUCCGUCAGCUCCAUCAGCCGCAUCCUGCGCAACAAGAUCGGGAACCUGGCCCAGCAGGGGCCCUAUGAGGGCAGCAAGCAGCCGCCGCCACACGCGCACGCGCAUCCGCACCCGGCGCCGACACCCGCCUCCGCCGCGCUUCCCUACAAUCACUUGUACUCGUACUCGAGUUCCAAGGUGGCCACGCCGCCAGGCGUGCCCGCGCUCCCCGGACACAUGGCCAUGCACCGGAUAUGGCCCUCGUCGCAUUCGGUCACGGAUAUUCUGGGGAUCCGGUCCAUUACCGAGCAACAAAACGCCGAGUGGCUUGCCCACAGCGAGCAACUGUGUCACAGCACCCAGCACCCCGGCCUCUCGGCAGCCCACCACCCGAGCGUCAGCCUCCACGGAGUACAGCGUCACCACGUCGGCCUCUGUGAUCGUACGCACAUGGCCGCUGCCGCCGCCGCCGCUGCAGCCGCCGCAGCCGGCCAGUGGCAACUGUGACGGCGGCCCACCGGACUCUCCACGCUGUAACUUCCGCGAUGAUUUUUUUUUUUUUUUAAUGAAGGACUACGGCGGGAAUUUAUUUUUUGCUGUGCUUUGACAUCAAUUUUGAAUUUACGGCAUGGACGUGAACAAGGGACAACUUCCCGACAGGUGGACCAAGCUGUCAUUCCAUGCGCGUGCGCAGAACUUCCUUUGGUACACCAACUAGAAAGGGAACAUGUUGCAUUCAGGGUGCAAAUAAUUACAUUUUUCUAUACCUGUAUGCUUUUUGUGUAUUACGGCAGUGAUUCCCAACCUUAUGAUCCAAGGCACUUUUCUUUUACAAAAGUAAAACUUUUCACGAUGAUUACUGAGGAUAUAUUUAGCAAAUGAAUUAAUAUUUUGUAAUUGCCUGUUUUUUUUUUUUUUUUUUUUUUUUUGCCUUGUUGCAAAGGUUAUAAAAGUAGAUUAACAGGGCUAUACUGCAACUUCUGCCCUGUAGCGGAAUGACAUUCAAUUGUUCUAUCUCUAAAUUUCAACCAUGUAGGCAGUUGAACAAAUCUACAUAAUACAUUCAUUGGCAAUCCUUUUGGAAACAAUUAAGUGGAGUUUGACUGCCCCAGCACACUGGUUGGGAAUCACUGCUUUACAGAACAUUGUUUUUCCCACUUCUUUGGGGUAAAAAAAAACACAAAGACACAAUUCAGCACCCUUAUUGCAUUUCUUAUUUAUUAGAUGAAAAGGUACGUUGAAUGAAGUGCAAUUCCUUUUAAAUUGGCGUGUGUACCUGUUUGUUGUUGCCGCUCUUUGCAUCAGCGACAAUGGACACGUGAUGUUGCACAAUGAAAUUGAAUGUAUCUUAUUAAAUGGUUUGUCUGUUACAGAACUCUGCAAUUUGGCACUUUAUUGUGAAGGGAAAUGACAAAAUUAGAGCAAAGAGGAAACACAUUGAUUCCGAAACUUUUCAUACAUCUGUUUUUUAUGGGAGCCAAAUUCUUAUGAAGUUGGCUUUUGUUUUAAAGAUUAUAAUUCAAGAAUGAGAAUUUAUCUGCAAAAAAUGUUACUUCGGUUUUCCCAAAUGUUUUAUUUAUCUAGUUGUACACAUUACACUUUCUUCAUUUUAUGAUAUUUUGAUGGGAGGAGUUAGUACAAACCCAGUUCAAAUGAAGUUGAGACGUUAGGUUAAUCAAAUGAAAACCAGAAUACAGUGGUUUUCAAAUCAUGUUCCAUCUACAUUUUAGACACUACAAAUACAUCUAAGGUUCAAACUGAUACCCAUUGCUUUUAGCAAAGAUUCAUUAAUUUAGAAUUUUAUGGCUGCAACAUGCCCCAAAAGAGCUGGAAGAGAGUCAUGUUUACCACGGUGUUACAUUAUAGUUGACAUUUGGGAAAUGAGAGGCUAAUUGUUGAAGUUUUGUAUAUUGGAAAUCUUUUCCAUUCUUGCCUAAUGUAAUGCUUUGCUGUUCAACUGUCUCGGACCUCAGUUAUAUUUUACGCUUCACAAUGCACCAUACAUUUUUAUUGGGAGACAGCUUUGGACUGCAGGCAGACCAGUCUAGUACCUGAAGUCCAUGCUGUUGUAACACGUGCAGAAUGUGACUUGGCAUUGUCUUGCUGAAAUAAGCAGGGGCGUCCAUGAAAGAGACGUUGCUAUGAUGGGAGCAUGAGUCUCCAAAACCGGAAUGUACCUUUCUGCAUUGACAUUGCCAUUCCACAUGUGCAAGCUGCCCAUGUCACAGGCACUAAUGCAACUCCAUAUCAUCACAGAUGCUGGCUUUUAUAUUGAGUGCAGUUAACAACUUGGGAUGUGUUUGUCCUCUUUAGUCCGGAUGACAUUACGUCCCAGUUUUCCAUAAAGAACUUCAAAUUAUGGUUCAUCUUACCAAACUAAACUUUGACUAUUUUCUCACGCACUUUUUCACAGAGAGGUAAACCUCACCCCAUCUGAGCAAUGGCGUACCGCACGCAUGCUAUUUUUAGACCGUGACGUCGCAUCGUAAAGUGGAAGUAAAGUAGAAGUGGGACAUUAUAGACCCGCCCUCGCAUAGAAACAAUGAUAUUUCUGCUACUUUUCUCCGGUAAUCUUUCAAAAACGAAAAUGCUGAUCACACAUUGCUUUUUUGGAACUUGUAGAAACGACUCUAGACAUCACGACAUUUGAAGGAUGUUUUCUUCAUACGUUUCCCGAAAACAAAAACUCGGAGGAAAAAAUGUAAAAAAGAAUCAAUUUGCGCGGACUUUUAACACCAGCUCGGUGUAUCAAUUCACAUUUCAUAUGUAGUAAACGUUUUGUUGAGUUGGCAUUGUCUUUGAGGGGGCAAAGAGGUAAGCCAUUUUGAUAUUUUUAACUUAUUUUUUAGCGUGACGUUGUACCGUGCUGCUUCUGUCUGACAAUGAAUGACCUGAAAAGAAUUAAAACGGUAUCUGACUGCCACUGUUACUUUUUCUGUUGUAAAAAAAAACAACUUUAGUAAGGGGGGAAUGUAAAUAAAUUGUAGAAUAAAGAUUUGUUAUCAGUGAAAAAAUUAAAAGUGUUCGUUGGCUGUCACUGAGUAGCAUUUGCGAUCGCUACACAAAAUAUAAAUUACCCCCAAGAACGGUCAGAGACAACCAGGACAACCAGAGGAUAUAAUACAUAGGAAAGACAAGGCUGGUGGUAAAGGAUAGCUUGUUAAACCAGGAGAAUGUCAUUGUCAGUCGUGUGGGAAAAAGGUGUCGAUAAAAAAGCUAAGGCUAUGCUAAGGUCGGCUCGUUUUUCGUCUUUGUCAGCCCUCGACACUCAAGCUAUCUCUUUAACUGAACAUUUUUAUGUACUUCCACAUCUUUGCAAGUGAAUUUGACGCCAGUGACAUCAUUUUCGGAGAUAAUUGGUAAGUUUAGCUUUGUAAACAUCUCCUUCGUACACGAUUUCCAUUCAUUUCCUAUUAGGGACAAAUGGUGGCGUGUCCUCCCAUAGCAACAGCAGCUAACUUCAUGAAUAUUCAUGAGCGGAAGUGACGUGUAGCUUGCGGUACGCCAUUCAGGGAAGCACCUUUUACACCCAGUCAAGGCACCCACCUGUUCCCAAUAAGCCUGUUCACCUGUGGAAUGUUCCAACCAGGUGUUUGAUGAGCUGUGCUCAACUUUCUCAGUCUUUUUUGCUAGCUGUCAAAUGCAUACCUG